CACAGAGAUAUAGUAAAUUGAUGAUCGAUUAUGAUAUUAAAAAAUUGGGAAAAUUAUUCAGGGAAGAAAGAUCUGAACCAAACGGUUAAUGCCUAACUUGUUAUUUGAUUAAGUUAAUUUCACCUGAUCCAUCUGCCAUUCUUGUCUUUCAUCCAAUUUGUCCGCUUUUGAAGCUUCGAUUCCUUACCAGUUUCUGCUUAUUUGGAUUUUGUUUAUUCGUGAAACCGAAGAUCCCCUUCGGUUUUUGUCAUUCUCUGCUCAGAUUUCUGGUCGUAAAGGAGAGAAGAACAAAUUAUAUGGUUUUCCUGUUGCUGCCAUAGGCAAUUCGAUAUGAUUCUAUGCUUUUGCUUUUAGGGUUCCUUCUGCUGCAGCUCGAUUGAUACAUAGGACCGUUUUUAUUCAUUACAGGUUCGCAUUUAUGGUUCUAGCAAUUUAUAUAGAGUAUGGGGUUUCUUGAAUUGAAGAAAUUUGGUUGUGUUGAAUCCAGCGGAGAAAUGACUUGUGAAAGCGAUGACAUUGUGGUUCCGCUGAUGAAAGUGCAAAUGGGCGAUGAGAAAGGGGAUUAUGUGACACUGGGUUGCGACAACGAUCGUGAACUCGGGGAGUUCCCGGAGGAGCCUCCAUGUCCUAAGAGCGGAUGGUCUCUGUGGUGGUGGGUGAAGGUGGUUUUGUUGGGCAUUUUCUUGGUGGCGGUCGCCGUAGUCGUUGUUGUCUGGGUCGGUCCUAUCGUCAUGUAUAAGGUAGUUAUCCCAUGCCUAAAUUGGGAAAGGGAGACAUUCAGCAUGCCAGUACUUGUGGUCAUACUCUUUGCUUCUGUGGCAUUAUUUCCUGCAAUUUUGGUGCCAUCUGCACCUUCUAUGUGGGUUGCUGGAAUGACUUUUGGUUAUGGAUAUGGAUUCCUACUACUUAUGGCUGGAGUAACUGUCGGUGUCUCAUUGCCAUAUUUCAUUGGUUCUUGCUUUCAGCAUAAAAUCCAUAGAUGGUUGGAGAGAUGGCCAAAGAGAGCUGCCUUUAUUAGAUUAGCUGGUGAAGGAAAUUGGUUUCAUCAAUUCCGAGCUGUGACCUUACUCAGAAUUUCUCCAUUUCCUUAUAUUUUAUUCAAUUAUGCUGUUGUUGCAACAAAUGUCAAGUACUGUCCUUACAUUUUGGGGUCGUUGGUGGGAAUGGUGCCUGAUGUUAUCGUUGCUAUCUACAGUGGCAUUCUAUUAGGGACAUUGGCUGAGGCUACGCAGGAGCACAGGUCCCUUACGAUGCAGCAGACCAUCUUCAAUGUCAUUGGUUUCUGUUUUACAGUUGCUACUGCGAUAUUCACCACAGUUUAUGCCAAGAGGAAGCUGAACGAACUAAAGGAGGAAGACGAAUUGCUAGUGUAGUAGGAGGCUUGGUUUGACCCAAGUAUUGUGGAGAAUUCCUUCCUUUGGAGCUGGAUCAAGCUGUGCACAGACAUAAAUAGUUCCAGGUGCUUGGGUGGUCUAUUCUUUUUACCAUCCACGCGAUUGGCCACGUGAUGGUAUUGACAUUUCUGACGUUGAUGAUCCAGGGUAAACCACAUCAGCCUGCUGGGAGAAGGCAUUCAUUGUUUUUAUGUGUAUAUAUAUAUACAAAUAUUAGUGGUGUUCAGAUUGAACAUUGUUUGACUGUGCAUAGAAUGAGUGGAAAAAGCAAUGAACUAUUUGUUGCUUUCAA